UUCUUCCCCAUUCCACCCUUUGUUUCCUUCUUUCCCACCAUAAUCCCGAAACUUAAUCACAAGUUUAGAGCUAUAAGCAUGGAUAAACUCCUAAUCCGACCCCUAAUCGCGGUCCUAAUCUCGUUGUUGAUCCCCGCCAGGUCCUACCGACGAAAAUCACUCGACCCCUCAGGGCCCAGGGGCAAUCGCGGGUUUUGCCGUCAUGACCAUCCACAUUGCCGUCGGAUACAGAUACGGAUCUCUUCUGCUGGUGUUCUUCUUCACAUCGUCGAAGCUGACGAAGGUCGGGGAAGACAAGAAGCGGCGCGUCGAUGCCGACUUCAGAGAGGGUGGGCAGAGGAAUUGGGUGCAGGUCUUAUCCAACAGUGGGAUUGCGUCCAUCUUGGUUCCGGUUCUCUGGGCAAAAUCGGGAUUGCAGGAGAAAUGGUUGGACUCGGACGACUCGUUUCUUGUUACAUCGCUUGUUGGUGGGGCUAUUGGUCACUAUGCUUGUAGCAAUGGCGACACUUGGUCUUCUGGGCUGGGAGUGCCCAGCCUCGAUUGAUUACGACUCUCAAGGUUUGUAUGAUCAGCUCGAUUUUAGCAUUUUGUCACUUGGGUUAAGCUAGAUUUUUGAAAAGUUUCAAUUUUUUUUCUUUCCCAAUCUUGUUCCGCUUUGCUGCAUGUGCCCGCAUUUCUAUUGAUAUUUUGAGCUGGAGAAACUUACAUAACGGGAUGUUAUUGUGGCGGUAUUUAAAUCUAAUAACUCACAAUCAUUUUGGAAAGUUAAAAUGAAUGGCUAAGCGUGAUUGAGCUGCGUUACCUACCUGGCAUCCCGGUGUAGGUAAAUUUCUCAUUCGUACUUAAUAAUCAAAGUCUUGGCUAGAAAACGUUUCCUUAAACUCGAUAAAUAGUUCAAUUAUCAUAUGAACACACAAACAUAUGUAUCAUUAUUUUUUUCGCAGUUCCCUGUCGUCUCACAUCUUUCUUUUAAAAGCCUAGUUACGUUCGUGCCGUUGCUUAUGAGUGUUAAUUGUGCAUCUUUUUAUUCUUUGAACUGCUCUAAAGAAUACCGAUCGCCUUAUAGACUAAGGGUAUCAAGUAUUUGUUCUGUCAUGAUUGGGAUUUAUAGAGUUUUGGGGAAUGUAUUGGUCAAGCUUGAACAAAAUGAAAUUAUCUGGCUGCUUGAAUACGUAGACUAUGGAUACUAUUUUGGGUUUCCACAUUGUAUUGGCAGCCUGUUCAGAAGGGUACCAAUGGCGGAGUUACAAAAGCGGGACUACUGGCAGCUACAGGCGCUGUUAUCGGACUGACAUUUGUGGUUUUUGGAUUUCUCACUACAAAAUGCGCAUAUGAUGUAGCACUGAAGCAGUUGUUGGUGAUACCUAUUUCUACUCCUGACGAAAAUCACUCGACCCCUCAGGGGCAAUCGCGGGUUUUGCCGUCAUGACCAUCCACAUUGCCGUCGGAUACAGAUACAGAUCUCUGCUGCUGGUGUUCUUCUUCACAUCGUCGAAGCUGACCAAGGUCGGGGAGGACAAGAAGCGGCGUGUCGAUGCCGACUUCAGAGAGGGUGGGCAGAGGAAUUGGGUGCAGCUCUUAUCCAACAGUGGGAUUGCGUCGAUCUUGGUUCUGGUUCUCGGGGCAAAAUCGGGAUUGCAGGAGAAAUGCUUGGACUCGGACGACUCGUUUCUUGUUACAUCGCUUGUUGGUGGGGUUAUUGGUCACUACGCUUGUAGCAAUGGCGACACUUGGCCUUCUGAGCUGGGAGUGCUCAGCCUCGAUUGAUUACGACUCUCAAGGUUUGUAUGAUCAGCUCGAUUUUAGCAUUUUGUCGCUUGGGUUAAGCUAGAUUUUUGAAAAGUUCGAUUUUUUUUUUUUGGGACACUUUGUAUGAUCAAUUCGUUUCUUGUUACCUCAUUUUACUGUUAAUAUAUUUCCACAUCAGCAUCUUAGGUA